AUGACGUAUCUUGUGCCCAACAGUGUCUGUCUUGCCUAUGGCGUGAUUUUUUUCUGCACUUCUCUGCUUCACAAUAUAUUCCUUGUUUAUCAUGUCCAAGCCUUUGUUUCGGGUUUUGGACUAUCAAAGCUCUCCUUCUGGUCAGCGGAACUCGUUUUCCUCGUCUGGAAUAGCAUAAAUGACCCUCUCUUCGGUUGGCUGCUGGAUAAAAAUCUCCUUCACGAGCCGGAUGCAAGCAGUGGCGCGUCACACAUGACAGCUCGCCGACGAUCCCGCAUGAUAAGCAUUGUCGGUCCUAUUCAGGCUAUCACAUUUCUCAUGUUCUGGUUUUCCUGCUGGUUACCGGACUAUCCCGGAUGCCGGUUUGCCAUCGUACUCUGUCUGUAUGAUACUGCAACAACCCUCUUGGACCUUCAAAAGGGCGCUUUAUUGGCUGACCUCGCAAUCACUCAGGCAGACAGAUCUCUUCUCGGUAGUGCGGCCUCCAUUGGCCAGAUGUUGUCUGCUAGUGGACUUGUUCUCAUUACCUGGUGGAUGGGGUCUCUGGAGGACAUAGAUACGUUGUCCAACAACAAUCGUCACGAACUUUCCCACAACUUCCGACUCCUAGCUUUCCUUCUGGCUUCGUUCUCUGCUUCCGGCCUUUGGUUGGCUGGUCGCUGGUUGUCAAGUAUGCCGAAUUUGACAUCAGGUCUCCAGUCUUCCGACUCUAGCAGGUAA